AUGAAUGAAAAAAUUAGAAAGACCAUUGAAACUAAAUUAAUAAUGGUAUUGAUGGUGAGAGGAAAUACCAAGUUCUCAGGACAAUUUCUUGGUGGAACCACUAUUGGAGGAAUUCCAUUACAUCGACAUACAUCUGUGAUUAUUCUAACUGAAGAAGAGAUUUCAGAUUUUUUGGGAGACAAGAAUCUUGAAGCACUUCAAAAACUAUCAGGAUUGAAAAAACAGGAUUGA